AUGUCGAACGCACACGGGGAUAUCGCCGCUAAUGACCCCGAUAAGGGCGGUGAAAGCCAUGAAGGACUGGGAAGGAAUGGCAGAAAGAAGCUAGAGGUCAAUAUACCAGACCUCUCGAGUUUUGGGUUUGAAAUGGGAUCUCAGGACGAUUACAUGAAGGAAUAUUCACAAUCAGGUGAUGGACAAACGGUAUUCAGGCGUCAACUGGAUGCUGGAAAUGAAGUUUUGUUUUCUCCGUCUUCUAGUUCAUCGCAGAGACAGGUUGUGACUCCCACUCUGAAAGUAGAGCACCAUGAUGACGACGUCUGGGCUAAUUUAAUGGCAUCCUCUUCGGUCAACGUCGAAGAGUUGAAAGCUCAAUCAAAUUCACAACAAAGGAGCUUCUUGAAUAUUUUACCGACAGAUCACGAUGCUGGGGACCCUUACAAGAGUGACUUAGAAGCCGAAUAUGCUUCACCAAGUUACCAUACGCCAGGGGUAUAUGCACCCGACCCGGCAAUCUCCCCGGCGAUGUCCUAUUUAACCACUGGUGAUGACGAGCUUGAUGAUUUGCUUAGUGUGCAUUCAGGGACCAGUGCGCAGUCCAUAGCGCUACCGAUGAGUGCUAGUGGAUAUAAACAUGUUACGAAUGUUGACGAAUUAGAUGAUUUGCUGGCCCAAUCAAGUGGUCAGUUUGAUGAUGAACUUAACGAGUAUGUUCCAGCUAGUAACAAAUUUCAGCAGAGCCCAUCACAACUACCACCUGUAAUAUCUGUUCAAGAGUUUCAAGAACAGCCCUCUACGAAUUUUGGUGGUCCAAUGUCAUCUCCGACUUUAGAUGAACAAUCGUUCCAGGAGGCUGCACAACGGCUAGACGCAACUUUGCUCUGCCCCAAAGAUACAGAUACAAGUCAUGAAGAGAUGCGAAACGGACGAAUUGCAAGAAGAAGGGCGUCACAUGGCUCAAGAGCUUCUUCCAGAUCAUCAGUACGAAGUCGUAGCAUGUCGCCAGAUGAGAAAGCUCGCUCCUUGAGUGAGGAUAGUGCUAGGCUAUUGCUGAUGGCAGAUUUGCAACCAAAUACGCCAAAAGAAUAUGCCAAGAGUGAAAGCGUAAGCCCUUUGGGUGAUGGCGAGACUUUACAAAACCUAUCCGGGAAUACAAAGAGGCGACUGUCUCAAAAGAACCCUGCCAUGUUUGCUUGUGAACUAUGCGAUAAGCGUUUCACAAGACCGUACAAUCUGAAAUCUCACCUCCGAACGCACACUAACGAAAGACCAUUCAUCUGUUCAAGCUGUGGCAAGGCGUUCGCAAGGCAGCACGAUAGAAAGAGACAUGAAGAUCUGCAUACGGGUAAGAAAAGGUAUGUCUGCGGUGGUCAUUUGAAAGAUGGCACCGCUUGGGGAUGUGGUAAGAAAUUCGCUAGGAGUGAUGCUCUAGGUAGACAUUUCAAGACCGAAAGCGGAAGAAAAUGCAUCCUUCCACUGUAUGAGGAGGCUUCAAGAGAGAAGAGACCUCUAGAUUUAAAAGAUCUAACUGAAUAG